GUGGCGAAGACAGUUACCGAUCUGGAACAACAUUUAAAAUAAAAUUCGCGAGAUUUGUUUUCAAGAAGUUAUUUUAUCUAGAGAGAGGUUUCAAUAGCGGAACAUCAACUACAUGCACGAAAUACUUAUUCGAUGACCCAAUGACCUACUUUUACCGCCAUAUCGGUUUCGCUUGUACGUACACGUACGUACGUAAAUGUACGAACCACCCACCGCAUUGCAUGCGUGCAGUGCGGAUCGGAGAAAGUGCAUGCGCUGCAUCUUCGUGCAUGUCGUGUGACUAGGUGAAACAUCUGACUUGGCCGAACGGCAGUUUAUUUAUCGUGAACAUUCUAUGGAUUCACUCGAAGUUGUCGCCGCAGAUGUUAAGCUGACAUGUCGCCGGGACUGCAGGAGGCUUUAUGAAGGCUUGUCACCGACCACGCCGCAAUGGCAGCGGCGUCUGCCGCCGGCCUGCCAGCCAAGAUACUGGAGUUGAUUUUCUCCUACUUGGAUCUAGCUGACCUGCUCAACUGCUCUACUGUCUGUAAAGCCUGGCAUAACUGCCUGAACGAUGAGAAUUCCUUGGUUUGGCGGGUCCAGUGCAUCAGGAAGAUUACCGCUGAUGCUCGUAAAGGGGAUCUGCUGUCUGAGGUGCCCAGUUACAAGGCCAAACUGCGGGCCUUAUUCCACGCCUUCAACCCGGGCGAUUGCUCGCGGAACGUGUACGUCAAACCAAACGGGUUCACGCUCCACCGCAACCCGGUGGCGCAGAGCACGGACGCGGCCCGGGGCCGGAGGGGGUUCCGGAAGGGCCGGCAUGCCUGGGAGGUCUGGUGGGAAGGGCCGCUCGGGACGGUAGCUGUGGUAGGGAUCGCUACCAAGAAUGCCCCUUUGCAGUGUCAGGGGUACGUGGCUUUGCUAGGGAGCAAUGACCAGAGCUGGGGCUGGAAUUUGGUGGACAAUUACCUCUCACACAACGGUGAUCACCAGGGAAACUUCCCACAAUGCAAUAAUGCACCGAAGUAUGAGGUCGGUGACAAAAUACGGGUUAUCCUAGACAUGGAAGACAACUACCUGGCCUUUGAGCGGGGCUACGAGUUUCUGGGUGUGGCCUUCCGCGGUCUUCCAGACGAGCAACUAUUCCCGGCGAUAUCGGCCGUCUACGGGAACACAGAAGUGACCAUGGUGUACCUCGGCGAACCACUGGACGGAUGACGGCAAAUUUCCGGAGCUGCUUACUCCGGAUUUCCCUCGCCAGGGGCACACUUUUAUCAAUUUUUUUUUAGUCAUUCAGUUGGCAUGUAGUGAAUAUGUUGGGAUCCCUAGCUCUUUAUAAUUUGGUGUAUUGUACAAGAAGGACCAAUUUACUGUCACUAAACAUCCACCAACUAAAGACACAGGGCCAGAGAGACUUCCUCUAUUAUAUUCCUUUCCUUUUUUAAUUUUUAA